AUGCUCACCUUCCAGCCGCUCGACCAGCAGAGCGGCGGCAGCGGCUGCGUCGUGCUCACCGUCCAGCCGGAUGGGCCGUCCUACGAGGUCGACAUCCGAGGCGUGAUCGGCGAGAGCCGGGCCGGCGAGCGGCCGCGCGUCGGCUCGCCCGAGAUGAAGUCGGCCCGCCGCCUCACCAAGACCAGGAGGAGGGAGCGCGCUCACUCACGCAGCAGGCUCUCCCACCCGGCCGAGUCGCUGCGCAGCAACAAGCAGCUGCUGCUGUGGACGGGGGCGCGCUGCGGCCGCCCCACCACCCGCUCUCUGGUCCUGCGCAACGGCUCCCAGACGGAGCCGCUCCAGCUGCGCCUCACUAUCCGCAACGCCACCCAGUUCGCGACGGACCACGAGCUGACGCUGGUCUACCAGCCGACGCAGGUGGAGGCGGCGCAGGGCCUGCUGGUCAUCAAGCCGCCGGCCCGGCCCGCCGCCGACCGCAACAUCAAGUUUACCAUCCCACUGGUCGGCUACAGCGGCAGCUCGGAGAUCCAGCUGAACGUGGCGCCGGCCGACGGGCUGCGGCUGGGCGAGGUGCAGCCCGGCGCCACCGUGCACACCCCGCUCACCGUGGCCAACGUCGGCGACCGACGCGCCUUCGUCAAGAUCGUCGCUUUCAGGGACGCCGGCUGUCUGCACCCGCUGGCGGCGUCGCAGUUCAGCGCUCGGCCUGAGCAGCUGGUGCUGGCGGCCGGCGACGAGGUGCUGCGUCACGCCUUCCGACGCCUGCCGCGGGACCGGCCGCUCUCGUCGCGCCACGCCUCGCCCGGCUUGAUGGCGGUCGACCUCUGCGGCGCGUUCGACGGCGAGACGCCCGCCGACCCGGCCGAGCUGGCUGCGAUCCAGCGCCUGCCCGGCCUCGCCGACACGUUCUUCGCCAACGUGCGCGAGAUUCGGCUGCCGGUGAAAGCCACCCUCAGCACCCGCUCUAUGGACUCGUCCGACAUGUUCACCAACCUGCACGCGGACGACACCGUCGCCAGCAUUCUGAACUGCACCUCCUACAGCAACGUGACGCGGGCCCAGCGGGGGGUGCCGAGUGCCGCCGCCGCCGCCCGGAGCUCGGCCGUCCAGCCGCCGCCGCCGGCGCCACUGCCGCCCACUGAGCCGGCCGCGUACACCCUUCACACCAACCUGGCCAGCGACCAGGUGCUGUUCCCGGAGACGGCGCUGGGCCAGCGCUCGGCGGGCGCGCUGAGCUUCAGCAACGGCAGCGGCGUCCGGCUGCGCUGGUCGCUGGAGGCGCUGGUCCGCCCCUGGAUACAGAGCACACCGCGGGCGAGCGACCUGACCCAGGUGGGCGGCAGCGUGUUCCGGUUCCACCCGACGCAGGGCGAGGUGCCGCCGGGCCAGACGGUGGCGCUGGCGGCGCGCUUCAGCCCGCCGGCCGCUGGCUACUUCACACAGACGUUCUACCUGGUGGCCAGCGCCGACGCCGACAUCCUGGAUCGGGAGCAGUCGGUGAUGCCGUCCUGCCUGCUGGUGCGUGUGGCCGGCCAGGGCGCGCCGGCGCCGCCGGAGAUGCGCCGCUUCCCGUUGACGGUGCAGCCGGACACCAUCGAGUUCCCGGCCGACCAGCGCGCCGUCAAGCUCACCAUCAACAACAAGAGCCGGCUUGACUACGCGUUUGAGCUGCACGUGUCGGGCCCGUUCUCGGUGAACCACGGCCAGAUGCUGUCCCGCUCGCGGCGCUACAUCCACCUGCCGGUGUACUUCCAGCCGCCGGGGCCGGGGCUGUACUCGGGCCGGCUGACGCUGCGUCUGCUGCAGCCGCCCGGCGACGCGGGCAUCUUCCACGUCACGCUGCUCGGCGAGGUGCCCUGACCUCGGCUGGACGAGGGCCCUGGUGUGGGAGCCCGCCGCGGACAGGGGCGGGUGGGGGCUGGGCCUGACCGGGCGGG